AUGUCCAUCAUGGAUUCGAAGAUGCCAUCGCAGCCUUCUCCUUCCCUUGAUGUGCCGCGGAGGAUUGGGACGCGCUUCGGUACACCGGGGGCUGGAUACAGCGAUGUGUACGGACGGGACCCACGGUCCUCGUCCAUGCAGUCCCUAACACCAUCACUGCCAGAAUACGAGGAGGUCGAGAGGCGCAAGCUGCUUCUUGUCUACAUACAUGGUUUCAUGGGCAACGACACAUCAUUCCAGUCGUUCCCAGCCCACGUGCACAAGUACCUCAAGACAGCUCUGGCUGAGACCCAUGCCAUCCACUCCAAGGUCUACCCGAAAUACAAAACUUACAAAGCCAUUGAGGUGGCUCGUGACAACUUCAGCAGAUGGCUGGAGCCGCACGAGUCUCCCACGACAGAUGUCGUUCUUCCAACCCGAGAUCGGUACGAUCCAAGGCUCUUCCAACAUAGGAUCCUUGGCACGGUGAAUCUGGAUGCUCCUCUCCUUGGCCUGCAUCCUGGAAUCAUAGUCUCGGGCAUAUCCAGUCUCUUCCGCCCCAAACCAGACAAUGACAAUGACAAAGAUACGCGGCAGGCAUUCAACACAGUUGGACAGUAUAACAACGCCAGCCAAGGCUCUGGCAUGACUUCCCCAAAUCAGUCAUCCGUAUACUUACCCUCGAUACAAUCGGGUCCGUCGACUCCAUCUGUGGCUCCAUCAAUUUCACCAGCACCAGCACCAGCACCAGCUCCAGGCAUGUUUCCUGCAAUGACUUAUGACCCCAACUUCAACCCCAAUUUCCCCAACGACGUUCGACUUGAGGAACGUGGGUGGUGGCAGAACAUCGUCCACUUCGUGAAGAAGCACAACUCGGAGGGACUGGUGGACGCUGCAACUCACCACAUCAUGUCCCAUUUGGAGUUUGGAAGUGUCCUGAUGGAUCUCAACUGCCUCAAGAUCCGGUAUGAGAACCUGCGAAAGCUUGAGGAUGUCGACGAUAUAAAACACUACGGCAUGCCUCAUGUGGCACCUCGGGUGCGCUUUAUUCAGUACUAUACUAUUUGCCAUGGGUAUCCAAAGAAGCCGAAGACGCCCAAAACUGAACCCAAGGCAGAGAUCUCGAGCUUGAGGGCGGGAAAUGACACCAAUACUGCACCGUCGACACCCCGCAUAUCUGUUGAAGACCACAGCUCCAAUGCAGGACAAGGACAAGUACAACCUCUACGGACUAUUCCUAAGGAGGAUUCGGCCGCACUGAACGUGUCCGAAGAUGAGCGAUCAAGUAUGGAACUGGAAAUGCUCGAUCCUGAGCCCAUAUCAGAAGAGUUUCACACGCCUGAAGGGAGCAGGCAAGGGUCGCCUCCGCCUAGUCAUCAAGCCGGGGCCCCUCCACCGGUACCAGCGACUCAAUCAGCAGACACUAAAGACGGGGACAUAAAUCAGCCUCGGUCUCAAGAGAACCACCCUUCAAAAGUCACAACAGCCAGUGCUGUAAAAAACGGCCUGGAACCUGCUGGUGUUGAGCCAAGUGUGUCGAAUAUGCCUGAAUCUGAUACGGAUGCCGUCGCCGUCGCCACUACUUCCACGGACGAAAUGGCUGAUGAGCUUGCGGCACUAACGCUUGAUCUCCCGCCAAUACCCGAUAUUCCGGAGAAGCCAGUGGCUCCAGAUUUCAGUAAGUAUACCGACAAGGACGCACGAAAGCAAGCCGAGAAGGAAGCGAAGCGCGUGCAAAAGAGUUACGAUCAGGCAGUUAAAAAUCGGGACAAGGCCAUCAAAGAGCGCCAAAAGAUCAUAGAGAAGCGCAAGAAGAAACGAGCUCAAGAAGUCGACAAGCGCGAAAAGGAGGCCCAGAAGCAACGGAAGAAGGAAGAGCAAGCCGCCGCUACCGCUGCCGCCAAAGCAGCUGCUGAAGACCGGAAUUUCCUUGCUGAAGAUGCUGCGGCCACUUCCAUGACUUCCACAGACACAAUUGCAGCGUCUGCCGUCAGCCAACAACCUCCGCUGUCCCAGGCACCUUCUGGCCUGAACCAGGAGAGCUCGCGCGCAUCGGUAGAUUCAGGACUGCAGCCAAAUUCCAGUGAGCGAACCCAGCAGCAACGGAGCAGCAAGCCGGAGAAAGCGCCCAAGCCACCCAAAGAACGCAAGUUCUGUAGCUUGCCGUCCAAGGUCAAUGGGCAGAUGGAUCCCAAAUGGGUCAAGAUCUUCAUGAAAGAUGUGGAUGAGGUGGGCGCGCACACUGGCUUGUUUUUCCCGGGCCCGCACUACGAGAAAUUGGUGGGUGAUGUUGGUGAUAUGAUUGUAAGCUGGGUGCAGGAAGAUGCUACGAAAAGAGCUAUUUUGGCGUUGCAAUGA